AUGAAAGGAAUUCGGCAAAAACAGGGCGGCAUCUCGUCGAUCAAAGAUGCCCACAUUGUCAAGAUCGCCGUCGAAAUGGCGGACCAAGUGCCGCAGCUCAUCGAGUUCGACCAACAGCGUCCGCUCACGGCGAUCAUCCAAGACCUCUGCAACCACUGGAACCUGCCCGAACCCGAACAGUACUCGCUCCAGUUCGCCGACAACGUGAACGCGUACAUCACCGAGAAGAACAGGAACGAGAUCAAGAACGGUUACGUGCUCCGACUCACGCUCAGCCCGACCAAGACAGCGCAAGAGAUCCUCGAUAAGUUGCGCUCGAAUAACCUGAGCGACAUGCUCGCCGCUCUGAACAGGCUGCAGAAGCUCUCCUCCGAUUACACAUUCGCGCUGGAGUUCAUCAGCAAGCAGGGCCAUCAGCUGCUGAUCGGCAUGGUGGAAGGUGGCACUUACAGCGGCGAUCAUCUUGCCCUGACGCUGCAGUCGUUCGUUGAGCUCAUGGACCACGGCAUAGUGUUCUGGGAUAUCCUCGAGCCGAGAUUCGUCGGUAAAGUCGCCAAUCAGGUGAACAUGAACUCGGGCCAAAACGACCGUACCCUGCAGGCCUCCUUGUCCAUCCUCGAGUCUUUGGUUCUAAAUGGUACAGGCCGCUACGCCAUGGUCGACCAAGAAGUGACCCUUCCCAACCUCAUUAUGCACAUGCAGAACGGCACCCCUGAGAUCCAGCAGUCCGCUGUAGCUCUGAUCAAUGCCCUCUUCCUCAAAGCAGAGUCCCUCACCAAGCGAAAGACGCUCGCAGCUACUCUGUCGUCUCGCCACAUCCGCAACGUCAUCAUGGUGUCUGUGUUGCAGCGCUCGCAGCCGCACGUCGGCACGGAAAUGGCUCACCAACUGUAUGUUCUACAGACGCUGCUGUUAAACCUCCUCGAGGAACGCCGAAUUGGAGUCGACCCGACAGACGCCGAAGCCCGUGAACGAAUCCUGGAACUCCGCAAGACUGCGUUUGACUCGGAGACGGACGGUAACUCCACGACGGAAACGAGGGGUCGUAAGGGCGGCGGAUACGCGAAGGAUUACAAGAAGCUUGGCUUCCAGAACCACACCAACCCCGUCGAAGACUUUGGCGAACCUCCCGGCAUGUUGGCCCUGGACAACAUGAUCUACUUCGCUCGCAACCACACUGAAAGCUACACAAAGUUUGUCCUCGAGAACUCGUGCCGGGCAGACGAGCACGAGUGUCCAUUCGGGCGCAGCAGCAUCCGCCUCACCCGGCUCCUAGCCGAGAUCCUCAAGGUCGGCGAGCCGCCCACAGAACAGGGCAAGACGUACUACCCUAUGUUCUUCACGCAUGACCAUCCGUUCGAAGAGUUCUUCUGCAUCGGCAUCAUGCUCCUCAACAAGACGUGGAAGGAAAUGCGAGCGACCACCGAGGACUUCGUCAAAGUCUUCAGCGUGGUCCAGGAACAGAUCAGCCGGGCGCUGGCCACGGAUCCCCCUCCACUGACGCUGGACAAGUUCCGCAGCCGGCUCGCAACGCUCACAUACGCGGAAAUCAUGAACCUCUGGCAGCAGGAGCGCUCAACGAGGGAGGAGUGGGAAAGCCAGGCACGGCCGAUCAUCGAGCUGAGGGAGCAGGUUACACCCGAGAUCAUGGAGCUGAUUCAGCAGCAACGGCUCCAGUUCCUCUGCGAGGGAACACUCUUCACAAAAUAUUCGGCGAAGGGCCAUCGCAUCAAAGACAAGUUUUGGUACUGCAGACUGUCUCCGAGCCACAAGGUCUUCCACUAUGGCGACUGCGAGGAAAGCGCGGUGCCUUCGCUUGAAGAUCUGCCACACAAGCUGCCCGUCGUAGAGAUCAGAAGUCUCGCGACAGGACGAGAGUGUCCAUACAUGAAGGACACCCGAAAGGCCAAGUCGACGGCGUCCUUAGCAUUCUCCCUGAUCCCGGAUUCGGACCAGGAGCCGCUAAACUUCGUGGCUUCCAACGAGAAGGUGUUUGAUUACUGGACGGACGGCAUCAAUGCCUUGCUCGGCAAAAAGAUGGUCAGCAAGGAGACGAAAGGGGACCUCGAGACGUUGCUCAGCAUGGACAUUAAGCUAAGGCUCCUGGAUACGGAAGGUGUGGACAUCCCGGAAAAUCCACCGCCCAUUCCAAAGGAUCCGCCUAACUAUGAUUUCUGCUACGAGUUCAAGUAGUCGGCCACUGGGUUUUUAGGUCUUUUAAGUUUCUUAAAGUGGGCAGGGGCACAGAUUAGAAUCUCGUGAAGGGUAACGACGCAUUUUACGAAGUAUUCCCUCACUCUUUGUGAGGAAGCGUCUUGUUUUAGCAGCAUCGCUGCAGUGAUGCAUUUAACAGAUAGCCUGGACAGGCAGCAGCCAUCUUGCUUCUUCAUCUAUGCUCUCAUUGAUCUGGAGAAUUUUUUUUAAUAUUUUCGCUGAGCUGUUUUUUGUACGCAUUUUGCGAUGAAGGGCUUUUAGACUUUUAUUACUUGAUGUCACCCCGUAUUUGGGGAUUGAAGGAAUGUAGUUCUUUAUUUGGACAUGUCUGAAGCAUUCCACAGUGACUGCACCUCAUGCGCGUUUUGCUGCACGAUGCACGAAAAGUUGGGUCUCUCACUCGCGUAUUUUUACGACUGUCGUAGGAAUGCACACUUCAACCCUACUACUAGUCUCGUCACGAUUCUGUAAAUACUAGAUGCUUCCUCUUCUGUUUUUACAUUCCUUUUAUUGUUUUCAUGCCAUGGGACUUUCUAUUGAAAGGUAUCACCUAGUGAAUGCUGCUGUACCUCAUCUACUUGAAGUGUGCAUUUAUGACAUAAAGCCCAAGUGCUGCAGUUUUGAAAAAAUGUUUUACCGAGUAGAAGCCUGGAGGUAACAUUAUAAAAGUUAGUAAAAGGCUCCUCACAUAGCCGAGACAUGCUUUGCAUUUUGUAGUGCAUCUUUUAUUGGUCGCUCACUGUUUUAACACUCUUUAAUAUGGUUAUGCUAUGUAGACAAAGAUUUUGCGGACGAACUGGGUAAAUGCAUGCAUUUUUGUUUCACUUUUAUGGACGACUCACAUUGUGGACGAUUUCUGAAGAUCUGCCCAUAUAAACGAGAUACGAUAGUACUGUAUUAUGAGCCUUUUGGGCGUUUCCUAAGAACACAAAUUGCAACAGCUUUUUGUUUUUUUCAUCGCUGCACUCGGUAUGUUGUGUUCCUGUAGCCACAGCUCAGCAAAAAUGGUGCAGUUUAGAAAUAUUCAAAACCCACAUACACAACUACUGACACACAUCACUACAGCACACGACUGUCAAUCCUCAGGAUUUUGGAAAAACUAAAGAACAUAGAAUUUUAUUUUUCCCAAGUUGCAAACAUGCCAAAACAUCGCCUCAUCACACAGCCUCAUUGGUUUUGUGAUGCAAGAUUGUUGCCCAAAGUCUUAAGCUUUUGACGAGAACUUCUAGAAGACUCGUCUACAAAUGGAGGCGUACACAUUUUCUCAUUAGUGGACGCAAACAGUCUCAUUUUGUUUGAUUGUUUUGUCUUCGGUCUUAACUACCUCUUAGAUGAUAACUUCUGGAACAUUGAUUUGCAGAUUCAAGUAGCCACUUAAGACGGUUCCAAUGCAAAGUGCUGUCCUACGGAUUUCCAGACAGCAGGUUCGAUCAUGGCCAAAAUUUUUGCAAUAUUGGCCGAGGCUCAUUGCAGAGGGGACACCGUGCAUGUGAAAUUUACAUUGCACACCAGAGGACCCCCAGUAUUUCGUUAGUGCAAGCCAGAUAAUUUUUACUACAGACCAAAGCAUGCAUAGAAAUGUUUUUUAUUGUAAAAAUAAAGAGAGACAAGCACGAAAAUUUCUUUAUUUAAGUAUAUAUACGUGCUCAACAGUAACACUGCAAAACUAACAGAUAAAAUCUGUUUCUAUCACCAGCCUACAUAAAGCGCUUUAAUACGAUGUGUACUAUCGCGGACAAUGCAAGCCAAAACAGACUUUCGCGCUUCUUUGGCAUACCAGCAAGAAUUUGGAGGAGCCACGGUGUGGACCAGGAAUGGAAUGCAAAGUCAAGGUUCCAUAUUUCGGACUAUUUGACUAAUUGAGAGAGAAUAGAGACUGCGGGGACCGCAGACGCAAAAAAAGGCCGGAUUGGGCGCUUCAGCUAGCAUUGUCCGCCAGAGGUACCUUUUCCUUAUCUCUCUGUCGCAUAUCUCGUGGAAGACUUUCAGUGAAAGACCAGAAAUAUCAUGCCUCGCCUGUUAGAGCAGCUGUGGAGCUGCUAUAUCCAGGGCGCUUCACAUUCGCCGCACAACCUACAUGCAACACUCAAAGUUAGGAUUCACCGCACCGUUUUUGUUAGGGACGGAACAUGCCCGGUAUUCUAGUCCUGACUCGGUCAUCCAAACGUUUUUGGGCAAAGCACAAAAGUGUUGGGAUAUAUGGACACGACUAUGGAUUUUACAGGUGUCCGAGGAAAGAGUUAGCACAGCGGGUGCAAUCUACGACAUUGCCCACUAAGACACAAUAAGCUGGCUGGUUUAAAACUAUGUAUAAAAUUUAUAACCUUGUGAAAAUAAAACAUUAAAUUGUGCUUUA